AUGGUGUAUGCUGACGUGAAACGCUGCUUGACCUCGCCUCUGUUUUCCACUCCACUCUUUCUUGAAAAGAGAGCAACCAACUCAUUUUUCCCCUUCGCCGUCAAAUCAGGUCUUCGUCCUGAAGGGGAUGGAUCCACUCUUGUUAUUUUAUCUUUUGACAAAGUGUGUCGACUCUCUGGGCGUUUCGUUCUCAGGCGAGCUUACGUUUCUUUAUUCUGGACCUACAAGAGAGAAUGCACGAAUGAUCUCUUGUACUGUGUUUUACGGUCUUUAUUGACGUAUCUCACUGGCAGUUUCCUGCGCAAGUGUCCAGACGAGUUGGGUGUGGCUGUGUGUGAUGCGGUGUGGAAACCGUUGAUCUAG